AUGAAUGCGGUAGAAAAUUCAUUGGAAAAUACAAUAAAGGACAAACUGCAAAAGAUUGAGCAAGCUAUAAAGACAAGUUUGCAGCAAACAAUGGAGAGUUCGAUGAAGAAAAUAGAACAAGCCUCAAGGAAAAGGCAUGCUAACCUACAAGAUAUGCUUAGCAAGCUUGAGACAAAUGAUAAGGAAAGGGUCGAGAAAGUGAGUUCUAAGCACGAAGCAAGCAUGCAGGCCAUAGAAAACUCUCUGAAGAAGGAAAUUGAACAAGCCUCAAGGGAAACGCAUGUUAACUUGCAAGAUUUGCUUAUCAGACUUGAGAAAAAUGAUAAGGAAAGGGUCGAGAAAGUGAGUUCUAAGCACGAAGCAAGCAUGCAGGCCAUAGAAAUCUCUCUGAAGAAGGGCUUGGAGACAAUUGAAACCAAAACACGAGACGGAUUGGAAGAUCUUAAAAAUCAGUUGAAUUUCAAUAUGAGCCACAUUCGGCAACAUCAAAUCGCGCAAAUCAAAUCGUGCCAAGAAACGUCGGAAAUUGAACUUAAGAAAAUAGAUGAUAACAAGAAAGCUCUUGACACACUUUUCGAUUCGAUACACAAUAUUAGCACUGUGUCUGAAAAAAGCAAGAAAAUACUCGAGGCACACUUAUCAAACCCAGUCCGUUCGUGUCGAGAAGUGAUGAAACUCUCCGGACGAUACAUAAUUCAUGCAGGGCAAAAUUUGCAACGAUUUGAAGUGUUAUGUGAACAAUCUAAGUUCGAGGGCGGUUGGACUGUAAUCCAGCACAGGUUUAAUGGUUCAGUUGAUUUUUAUAGGGGCUGGACCGAGUACCGCAAUGGAUUCGGAAAUUUAAACGGUGAGUUCUGGCUUGGGUUGGAAUACGUGCAUCAGAUGACCAAAAACCGACCCCACGAACUGUUGGUUGAAGUGAAAGAUUUUCAUGGAAACUAUGGAUACGCUAAGUAUGGAGUGUUUGAGAUAGGGAGCGAAUCGGAGAAGUAUGUGUUGAAGAAGUUAGGGACAUACUCAGGGACAGCGGGAGAUGCGCUGCAACGCCUUUUGAAUCAAAAGUUUAGCACGUACGAUCGCGACAAUGACUAUUGGAGUACUGGUAUGUGCGCCAAAAAUCGCCACGGAGCUUGGUGGUAUGAUAACUGCACCGAUUCAAACCUGAACGGGCGUUAUAAGAACACAGCAAAUGAUUUAAGUGCCAUGGAGUGGUACAAAUUAAAAAACGACUCGCGGGGAAUGUCAUUCUCUAGAAUGAUGAUACGCAAUAGCAUCAAUUGA